AUGGAUUCCGCUUUAAAAGCGAUACGUGCGUUUGGAUUACCAAGUGACACAAUAAUCACUCCAUAUGGAGAUGGUCUUAUUAACACCACGUUUCUCGUCACUACAAUGACAUCAAAAUACAUUCUCCAAGAAAUUAACACUAAAGUCUUCCCCGACGUUGUUUCGCUUUGUAAAAACAAUUUAAUAGUUAGCAAUCACUUAAAAAAAUACAGUCGAUAUACUGUUAUUAAAUACGUCGAACGUAUUCCUGGUAUAUGUUUUGUAGAAGUCUCGGGGAAAUACUUUCGGAUGUCUGAGUUCAUCGAGUCCUCUUCCUCACCAAUUGACUUACAUUCAAUUGAGUUGACUGGAGAAGCAUUUGCUGAAUAUGAAGAAAUAUUGUCAACACUCUCAGAAGCUUUAUAUAAUGUUAUUCCACAUUUCCAUGACCUUCGUGUUCGCCUUUCUCAAUUGGAUGAGAGUGUCUCAGUCAAUUACCAAAAUCGAUUAUUAAAAGUUACUCAAGAACUUGAAAUUAUCCAUUCAUUUCGAGAUGAAAUGAUGUCUCUCCAAGAAAUGAAAGAUUCUGGCGCUCUCCCCAUCCGUGUCGCGCAUUGUGACACCAAAUGUAACAACGUUUUAUUUGACAACAAUGGCCGAGUGAAAGCAAUCAUUGACUUGGACACAACACAAAAUGAGGCAAUUUUGUCAGACUAUGGAGACUUUCUAAGAGUCGCCGCAAACACUGGAAAAGAGGACGACAUGAAUUUAGAAAACGUCAAUUUCAAUUUCGACGUGUUCAAAAGUUUCACUAAAGGGUAUCUAACCCACUCUCAAUGGUUGACUCAAAUCGAAAAAGAGACUUUGGCACCCGCUGUCUUGUUCUUCCCUUACAUGCAAGCUGUUAGAUUCCUUGCAGACUAUUUAAAUGGAGACACCUAUUAUCACAUAGACUACGCCUCUCACAAUUUAGUGCGAACAAAGGCUCAACUCAAGCUCUUUUUAUCGGCUCGAAAGGUGUAUCCAGCGAUCCAAGCAACGAUUGCUCAAUACUCAUAA